AGCGCUUUGGAUUUUUGUUAUUAAAAACAACUGCAGAAAAAGCUUUUUCUCCCUUCUAAAUUCACCCAACCCUUUAUCUCUCUUUUCUUCAAUCUUUCACCCUUUAUACAUUUAACUCAGUACAUUUAAUCCCUCCCUGAUCCCUACUCUUCUCUAGCUACCUAGCUAGCUCCUUUUUCAGCUCAAAAACCCUAAUUCUCCAAACUCAGCUCUCACAAAACCGGUAUGAGACUCAAACUGUAAAUGGAGGUGGAUCAGAUCCCGUGUAAAUUCCCCAAUAUUAGCAAUGGCGGCUAUGCUUCACCGAUAGCAAGCCAGAGAGAGAAGAACAAAAUGAACGAUGAGCAAGGGGAGAAUCAGCGGAGCGGCGCGGCCGAUCCAGGAGGCGGAAUUGGCGGACUCUACGGCUGGCCGUCGUCGCGGAUAGUUAGGGUUUCUCGAGCCACCGGCGGGAAGGACCGCCACAGCAAGGUCCUCACAUCGCGAGGGCUGAGAGACCGCCGCGUUCGAUUAUCGGUUAACACCGCCAUCGAAUUCUAUGAUUUGCAGGACCGAUUAGGCUACGAUCAGCCGAGCAAGGCGGUGGAGUGGCUGCUCGCGGCUGCGGCUAGCUCGAUUGCAGAGCUGCCGCCGAUCAAUUCCCCCUUUCAGCUCCCGGAUUCCGCGAUGGCGGCGGCGGGAAAAUCCUCUAUCGGUGGUAGCAGCAGCUCCGAGACCAGCAAGGGCUCGAUUGCCAGAUCUGAGAAGGCGGUUAAGGAAAAUGAGAAAGAGAAAGAGAAAUCUUCUUAUGUUGCUUCCUUCACCGAGCUAUUGAGCGGAGGCAAGGAUGCAUCCGAUGAGAAUUCCAACUUCUUUCCGAUGGAUUACUUCACCAGCGGUUUCUCAGCGGCAGCGGAGCUACAGCCACAUUUCUCAUUCCCCUCCGAUCAAUCGAGUAGUAGGGGGACCCUUCAGUCCAAUUCUUCACAAUUUCCUGCGAAAUUGUACGGCGGCGUAAACCAGCGCCAUUUUUAUCCCGGAUUGGAGUCGCGAUUGCAGCUCUACUACGGCGAUGGGGAUCAGGGAAGCGAUGGCAGAAAUGGUGGGCAGAAAGCAAAGACAAACCCUGAUUUCGGUCACUCUCAAAACAGCUGAUGUAGAGACAGUCAGACAGGAGAGGUAUAAGAGAAGCAGCCUAAUUUUGUAACCAGAAAAGACUCGUACUCUGUAGUGAGGCUCAAACUAUUUAUUUACAGAAAUUCUUGUUAUUUUAUCUAUAUAUUUUACGGGAAUUAUAUGCAUAUAUAUAACACAUCAAUAUUAUGCACACAAUAAUAUGUUUCAUAUCAAUACUUAAUACUACAACAAUAAUAUUUAUUUAUGUAAUGAUUUUUUAUGACAAUUUUAAACCAUCAAAUUAGAUCAAUGGUCUAGAAAGGUUCCUAGCUAAUAGGUAAAAAAUAUCUUGAUGGCCAUGUGUAUUGUCUAUCGAACUUUUCUUUGACAUAUACUCCACAUAUUGACAGUUAAUACUGCAACAAAUAUUUUGAGUUUCUAGAUAUUGAAUGGGAGAAUAGGCACAAAAAUUAGUUUUCAUUUUCUUUUCUUAGUUUUUUCUUAGUUUCAAUCUUCUGGUACAACGCUUGGUUAUUGAAUACUCCUACAUCAUAUUCUAUUUAGAAAUAUAUUCCCUCACUUUAUAUUACACAAGAAUCUUUUCACUAAAUGGGGUAAAGUCAUAUGCUCAUCUCAUUCUUGUGUAGGUUUGACAUCGUUCAAUACUCCUUCUCAAGUUUAGUAACAAGAUUACUGAUAGUUAUCUGUCAAGAACUUCUUCAAAACUCUUGAAAUUCGAUUGUUUAGUUAAAAUGUCUGUCAACUAUUCUUCUAACCGAAUAUAGAAAAAACUCUACCACUUCUCUCUUGAUCUUCUCCUUGAUGAAAUGCCUUAUCCACUUCAACGUGUUUUAUCUGAUCAAGUUGAACCAGAUUCUCUGAUAUGCUAAUUGCAGUCUUGUUGCGGCAAUAGAUUUGGCACGUAUGUGUAGGUGGAUCAAAUCUCUCUGAGUAGCUUCCUAAGCACAAUACUUCACUCAAAUCACUCUUUACUCCUCUAAGCUCAGCUUCAGCACUUGACAGCGAUACGACUUUUUGCUCCUUGCUUUGCCAAGUCACAAGGUUUCUAUCGACAAAUAUGAACUAAAAUCUGCAUCCGUGUACCUAUAUAUGUAUUUCCAAAUAUGCUCGUAUUUUUGGAACAAAA